ACCUUAAACAACGUUUUAUAGCACCAACAACCUUACAAUCAUACAAAAAAAAAGCAUAAGUUUCUUACAACUUCAAAAAAUGGCAAGGAUGACAAUGAUGGUUUUAUGUGUAGUGGUGACUUGCAUGGUGGUGGCUGCACCCUAUGCGGAUGCUAUUAGUUGCGGUCAGGUGACGGGUAAACUAGUGUCAUGCUAUGGCUACCUAACCAAAGGGGGCGAUGUGCCGCCUGCAUGCUGUAGUGGGGUAAAAGGACUCAAUAGCUUGGCUAAAACAACCGCUGAUCGUCAGGCUAUUUGUAACUGCUUAAAGAGUGCUGCCUCGUCCAACAUCAACGCUGGCAAUGCCGCCAGCCUCCCCGGCAAGUGUGGUGUUAACAUCCCUUACAAGAUCAGCCCAAGCACUGAUUGCACCAAGGUGCAGUGAGGAUGGAAUAUUAUUGUACGGAAGAAAGAUGUUUGAAGUGGAAAUUAGUUAUAAUUAUAAUAAAUAAAGACCACUAGCUAUUUUGUAUUUAAGAAGACAUAUAUGGUUGUGUAUGUCUCUUUGUUUUGUAAUUCCUUUGGUUUUAAAUAGCUUUGUUUUUAUAUAACUAAGUUGCCUGGUGAUUAUAAACC